AUGAUGAUUACGAGGAUUUUGAGAGAAUUUGGAUAUUUCAGGCGUUAUACGGCCGCCGUUGUGGUGCUUGGUGAUAUAGGUCGAAGCCCACGUAUGUGUUACCAUGCAUACUCACUAGCAACACAGCUCGACUACGACGUGAACAUUGUUGGUUAUUUGGAUUCGACUCCUCAUCCACUCAUUCAUAAUAAUCCCCACAUCAAGUACGUCGCACUGUCCCCUCCGCCAGAUCGACUCGCUCGGCUUCCAGAAGUUCUACAAUUGCCUCUGAAGUUUGUAUGGACUUUCAUUGUACUUUCCUGGGCACUUUUGUUUAGAGUAGGAUGGGAUGUCAAACUAAUAUUUAUGCAGAACCCUCCAGCAUUACCGACGAUGCUUGUUUGUUGGAUGGUUUCACGCCUGAAGAGUUCGAAAUUCGUUAUCGACUGGCACAACUAUAUGUGGUCAAUUUUGAAAGAUAAAAGUGGUGAGUGUAUUGAUCAGCUCACAUUGCCCCGUCUGGUAGAAGAUGGUUCUGAAGGCAAAGAUUCCAACAAAGAUGUGGUUAAACGUAAAAACACCAGAGAAGAAAGAGACACUGCAGUCGUUUCGUCAAGAAGGAAGCGUCAGAACAGCGCAGGCGAGAAAAAAGAAAGGAAAUCUUUCAAAAGACGGUAUAUCGAGUGGAUAUAUCGAUGGGAAGGUGCAUUUGGCCGCCGUGCCGAUGCAGGUCUCUGCGUGACCCGUGCAAUGCGUGAAGACCUUCAGCGGGCAUGGGGUGUGCAUACAGCUGUGUUCUACGAUAGGGCUCCUAGCUGCACUUUCAGGGAGUUCUCAUUGAAUGACAAACACGAAUUAUUGCUUCGACUUGGUUUGGGCACUAACGGGCAGGUGUUCGGUGCGGUACCGUCAGAAGAUGCCACUCGCUUUACGAUUCGCGAUCCGUCGUCUCGUCAGGUGCACCUUCGCGAUGACCGUCCGCUGUUGGUCAUUUCAUCAACGUCAUGGACACCUGAUGAGGAUUUCCAGAUCCUCCUGGAUGCUGCCAAGAAGUAUAAUGACGUGGCAGCAAUAAGCAGAAGCUCGAGUCCUGCGACACGACUUCCGAUCAUCACGCUGAUUAUUACCGGACGUGGCCCAUUGAAGGAAUUUUAUAUGGAGAAGAUUCAGCGAAUGAAAAUGGAAUAUGUAGAGAUUCAUACUCCAUGGUUAGAGUCGCAGGAUUAUCCUCUGAUGAUUGCAACUGCUGAUCUCGGAGUGUCGCUUCACACAAGCACUUCAGGUCUUGAUCUGCCAAUGAAAGUGGUAGACAUGUUUGGUGCAGGGAUUCCUGUGUUAGCCAAGCGAUUCAACUGCAUAGGCGAAUUGGUGCAAGACGGUCGAAAUGGGCAGUUGUUCGACACGGCGACAGACCUAUUCCAACAUCUCUAUGCUCUUGCUACAGGGUUUCCUACUCACUGCAAGAAACUGCAUGAUUUGAAGCAGUUCGUACUUGAUGAUAGCCUGCCUUCAUGGGAAGAAAAUUGGGCUACUGUCGCUAAGCCAAUUUUGGCUCCAAAUCUCGAUCCACAUUUCGAAAGAGUGAUGGCAAGAUUAUCAUCAAGAAGGGUUGCAAUUUUGCCACUUCAAGAGAUGCUUUUCGACAAGGCCGCGUUUAGACUAUCCUCCAUUUAUAUUCUCCCUAUGGCUGCUAAGGCCGAAUCUCGUUAG